CGAGUCACUCAUCUUUGGUCCCACUCCUAUCUUUCAUUUUACAAACAAUAAACAUUUCUUCUUCCCCACCUCCCAUAGCUUCACAAUUCUGUGUGAAUCUGCAAGUAAUUCAUUACCAAAUGAAGAUGUUUGAACUCAUCUUCGUACCUGCCCCCGGAAUUGGUCACCUUGCAUCCACCGUCGAAAUGGCCAACGUUCUUGCUACUCGAGAUCAUCGUCUCUCCAUCACAGUGCUCGCCAUGAAGCUCCCCUACGAUGUCAAAGUAGCCGAAUGUAUCGAGUCGCUUUCUACGUCUUUCGCAGGAAAAAAUAUACAACUCAACGUCCUUCCAGAACCGCCACUUCCAGAAGAAAGUAAAAAAGACUUCAUUGUGUUGGUUGAAAGCUACAAGCCUUAUGUUAGAGAGGCUGUCACCGACUUUACUGCCUCAGCAGAGACAAGUCUCGACUCUCCUCGGCUUGUUGGGUUAGUCAUCGACAUGUUUUGUACGACUAUGAUAGAUGUGGCUAACGAAUUUGGGGUUCCUUGUUAUGUGUUUUAUACUUGCAGUGCUAGCUUUCUUGCUUUUAGUCUCUAUCUUCAAGAGCUUUUUGAGGAGAAUGGUAGCAAUGAAGUGGUGGAAAAGUUGCUCAACUCUGAUAAUGUUGAGAUAACUUUGCCAAAUUUUGUUAAUCCUAUUCCUAAUAAAGUCAUUCCUAGUCUCUUCUCUAACAAGGACAAGGCUGUUUGGUUUCAUAACCAUAUUAAAAGGUUUAGAUUGGAAAUCAAAGGGAUUCUUAUCAAUACAUUUGUGGAGAUGGAAUCACAUGUGGUGAAGUCCUACUCUCAAGUCCUUCCACCCUUAUAUUUUGUUGGACCUGUUUUGCACUUGAAAAAUACAGGAAUUGCUGGAUCAAGUGAGGCUCAAAACUGUGCUGAUAUAUUAGAGUGGCUUGAUGAUCAACCUCCAUCAUCAGUGGUCUUAGUGUGCUUUGGGACCAUGGUGAGCUUUGAUGAGGAUCAAGUGGUAGAGAUUGCAAAUGCAUUGGAGGAAAGUGGGGUUCGUUUCAUAUGGUCCCUCCGACAACCUCCACCAAAGGGUAAGUUCGAGGCACCGAGAAACUACACGGUCAUCAAAGACAUCCUACCAGGGGGAUUUCUCGAUCGAACAACGAGUAUUGGAAGAGUCAUCGGAUGGACAUCACAAGUGGAGAUAUUGGCCCACCCUACCAUUGGAGGAUUCGUAUCGCAUUGUGGUUGGAACUCGAUACUAGAAAGUGUAUGGCAUGGCGUGCCGAUGGCAACAUGGCCGAUGCAUGCCGAGCAACAAUUCAAUGCUUUUGAAAUGGUGGUGGAAUUGGGAUUGGCCGUGGAUAUCACGUUAGACUAUCGAAUAACUUUUGGUGAAGACCAGCCAAGAUUAGUGAGUGUAGAAGAGAUAAAGAGUGGGAUCAAGAAAUUAAUGGGAGAAGGAAGUGAUGAUCUAAGGAAGAAAGUGAAAGCAAAAAGUGAAGAAAGUAGGAAAAGUGUAAUGGAAGGUGGAUCCUCCUUUAUCUCGUUGGGAAAAUUUAUAGAUGAUGUUUUGGCCAAUUCACAUGGAGGAGAAAACUAAAUAAUGCAGUUUCAUGAGGCUUAAAACUAAAUCAUGGCUUUAAACCCAGGACAUCCCGAUGUUUUGUACGACUAGUCCAUUCAUCGAUCAUCUGUUGUAUGGCGAGAUCGUACUACUGGAGAAAUAUCUUGCAGGCGUCGAGAGGCAGUUUUCCAGUGCACUAUCAAGCUCCACCCUCGAAUACUACCACUACUACGCACAUUUGGAUUCUAUGGGGUUGCUAGAUUAGUAUUUAUUCAGUUAGACUGGCAUCUGAUCACAGCCUUGGUCAAGAGAUGGAGGCCUGAGACGCCUACAUUCCAUAUGUCUAUUGGAGAGUGCACUAUCACUCUAAAAGACAUAGAAGUGUUGUUGGGGUUACCUGUUGACGGUGAGCCAGUCACCGAAGUGAUGUACGAUGACUAGUUAGAAGUUUGUCAAUUGUACCUUGGUGUGACUCCACCUGCCGACAAGAUUAAAGGAUCGAGGUUAAGUUUAAUAUGGUUAGGAACAAAAUUUCGUCAGCUCACAGAUGUUGCAGACGAGGAAACCGUCAUAAGAUAUGCGCGAGCAUAUAUACUACAAAUGAUGGGUGGAAGUCUGUUUUCAGAUAAAUCAAGUCAUUUUGUCCACUUGAUGUUCCUACCACUGUUAGCUAACCUCCAUGAUGCAGGGCGAUAUUCAUGGGGUGGAGCAUGCUUGGCAUAGUUGUAUAGACAACCAUGCAAAGUAACAAGACCUGAGGUUCGAGAGAUAGCUGGGCCUCUCAUACUUUUGCAACUAUGGGCUUGGGAGUGAUUUCCAACAAUGGCUCCACAGCUAC